CCCUUUCAGAGUCCUUAAAACCCGGAGAAAUGGGAUGCUUCAUUUGCGAAGUCCAUGCUGGUUCAGUUUGCAAGUAGCAAAUUUCUGUUUCACAUUAGCUCUGCCAGCUAGGAGUAGGGGCUAACUCUGUCAUCCUUGCUUCCAAACCACCUCCAACGCAGCUAGAAAAUCCUAGCAUUCUUCGAGUCCUGGGGGUGGAGGACACCUGGGAAGGUAACUACCUUUGCAUAGCCUCACCUCACCUCAGGUUCUUCUAAAUCUCCUAAUCUCGCCCUCUGCGCGGGGGUGGGGGUGAAUUGCUAGCUCUGUGGAACAGGUGAAAAGAGACAUUCUCCACCGUGCAGCCUUUGAGAUUCAUCCAUCCCAGAAUGGGACUGUCAGAAAUAUAGAGGUCUGAUAUCUUUCCCGCUUCGACGCAGCUGAGCCUUGGUUGUACCCAGAGCUGCACUCAUUUCCUCAGCUCCUUACUCAUCAGACAUUGCUGGAAGCAGCGCCUAUCCACAGCAUGGCCACAAGCCGAAGUAGCGAAGAAGCCUGGCUGUCCGGCCUUCUGUCCACACAGCAGACCACCCUCCUGCUACUCUUUUCCGUGCUGGCCGCUGUCCACUUGGGCCAAUGGUUCCUACGGCGUUGCCGUCGGCCCCCGUGGGCCAGCUGCAGCCCCCCUGGCCCCUUCCAGUGGCCCCUGAUCGGGAACGCGGUGGAGGUGGGCAACAUCCCGCAUCUCUCCUUCUGUCGCCUGGCCCGCCGCUACGGUGACGUCUUCCAGAUCCGUUUGGGCAAUUGCCCAGUGGUGGUGCUGAAUGGCGAGCGCGCCAUCCGCCAGGCCUUGGUACAGCAGGGGUCCGCAUUCGCUAGCCGGCCGCAGUUCGCCUCUUUCCAGCUGGUAUCCAACGGCCGUAGCUUGGCUUUCAGCAAAUACUCGGAGAUCUGGAAAGUGCAGAGGCGAGUGGCUCACAGCACGGUGCGCGCCUUUUCCACUGGACAAGUCCGCAGCCGCCGGGUGUUGGAGCAGCACGUGCUGAGCGAGGCGCGGGAGCUGGUGGAGCUGCUCGUGCAAGGCAGCGCCGGGGGCGCCUUUCUGAACCCGGGCCCCCUCACCGUGGUGGCUGUGGCCAACGUGAUGAGUGCCGUGUGCUUCGGCUGCCGCUACAGCCACAGCGACGAAGAGUUCCGUGGGCUGCUGAGCCACAACGAACGUUUCGGCCGCACGGUGGGGGCGGGCAGCCUCGUGGACGUGCUGCCCUGGCUCCAGCGCUUCCCCAACCCUGUGCGCACCGCCUACCGGGACUUCCAGAAACUCAACCACGACUUCUACAGCUUCGUUCUGGACAAGUUCCUGAAGCACAAGAGCAGCCUGCAGCCCGGGGCCCCUCCCCGGGACAUGAUGGAUGCCUUCAUCCACACCGUGGGGAAGGAGGAGGAGAGCUCCGGAGAAGCCAAGGCUGGGCUGCGCCUGGACACAGAAUACGUGCCGGCCACUGUCACGGAUAUUUUCGGGGCCAGCCAGGACACGCUUUCCACUGCAUUACAGUGGCUUCUCAUCUUAUUCAUAAGAUAUCCUGAAGUGCAGGCUCAGGUACAAGAAGAAUUGGACAGAGUUGUGGGGCGAGACCGGUUGCCCUCCUUGGAUGAUCAGCCUCAUCUUCCCUACGUCAUGGCUUUUCUGUAUGAAGCCAUGCGCUUCAGUAGCUUUGUGCCAGUCACCAUCCCACAUGCCACCACCAUUGACACUUCAGUUAUGGGCUACCACAUUCCCAAAGAUACCGUGGUGUUUAUUAACCAAUGGUCAGUUAAUCAUGACCCAUCGAAAUGGCAGAACCCAGAAGACUUCAAUCCAGCCCGAUUCCUGGACAACAAAGGAUUCAUUGACAAAGACAUGGCUAGUGGGGUCAUGAUUUUCUCUCUGGGCAAACGUAGGUGUAUCGGGGAAGAGCUGUCCAAAAUACAGCUGUUUCUCUUUAUUGCCAUUCUGGCCCACCAAUGCAAUUUCCUUGCCAAUCCAGAUGAGGACGGAGAAAUGAAUUUUAGUUAUGGGUUAACCAUUAAACCACAGUCAUUCACAAUUAAUGUCACACUGAGAGAUUCUAUGGAGCUGCUUGAUAAUGCUGUUCAAAGACUACAAGCUGAGGACAACCAGUGAAUAGCUAGCAGAAGUGUGAUGAAUUCAAAGUUGGAAAAACAAAUGAGUCUAUCAGUCUGUUAGUCUCUUUCUGCCUUCAACAAACAUUCCUGUGAGCCUUUUGGAUGAGAACCCACCAAUAAGUAUCUCUUAAGUGCCUGAUAUGUGGUCCAGCCUAUAAGUGGAUCCUGGUGAGCCAAAUGCAUUUGACAGAAUAGUUAAGGAAACUGCAAAAAUAACUUGCAAGAUUUUAUGAUUAUAGAGUAAAAGGGGAUGAAAAACUUUUAGAAAUAUACUGUAGCUUCACUAUAACAUUGCCCUUGGGACUGUUUGUUGAAGUUGUUUUUAUAGAUUAAAAACAAAACAAAACAAAAAACCUUAAGCCUCCCAUUGGUAUCUCAGUAAUGGCACAAACCUUGAGUAGGUUCCAAAAAGGCAACUGCUUUAUGUGGAAUUCUGCUAUGGAGAGAACAGCAAUGCAGCAGCGUCCUGGGCUAUAUUAUUGAACACUCAAAAGCAAGUACAGUGUUUUGAAGGUAAAAGGAGAGAAUGAGGCCAAAAAGAAGCAAUCAAGACUCUGCUGGCUUACUCUUCAUCUUCUAAGCCUUUCAAUGAAAUCAUUAAAGAUGUCUUUUCAAAAAGUCCGAGUACUUAAAGAUUAUGUUUUAUCUGUGACCAAAUGUAGCACUCGGCAUGGUUUGAGAAGUGAUAUAAUCUCUGAUAUAAAACUGCUUGUGCAAAAGGUAAAUGGGGGGAAAUUGAGCUUAUAGUGAGUUUUACUGCCUUAUGAUGAAUUUUGAAAUGCAUUCAUUCUGUAAUAUUCAAAACUAGAUACUUGCCUUCUGGUUUCCAAAAUUCAAUGUAUUUACAAAUAUGAGUAAAAUUAUUUGCAGGCACAACUAAAAUUCAAAUGUAUGGCAGACUAAGCCCAUUCUAUUUUGAAAGGAUAAAAUAAGGUCGGUAUACAAAACAUGAAAUAUGCAUAACUAUUCAGUAUAAAUAAAAAUAGUAUUGGUGAAAAGGAGUUAUUUUAGAUAAUGAAAAACCAAAUUAAAACUCUCUCUUAAUAUAGCAAUACACACACACACAGAAUGACUACCUGGUUAUUUGCUAAGAUACCAAACAGCCAAUUUAUAUUAACUGCAUUGUACCACAACUGAAGGAUGACAGUUUUCGUCUAGAACUCUUUUUUAGUUUCAAGAUGUAUUCAUUACUCACCCAGCCUUUUAUUAAAAUAAGUUUUGUAUGUUUUUUCCCCAAAUUGAGUUGAUUUAAAUUACUUUUGGUCUAAAUAAUUUUCAACAUUUUUCAAAUUUUAAUGGGACUCUGAAAUCUUUUUUUUCAGGAUCUAAGUUUUCAGCUGAGGUUAAUGAAAAUUUUGAGUCUUUGGUUGAGGAAGGAUGGGAAAUUUAGUCUCUUUUUGACAUGAUGCCCACCAUCUGGAUGAAUGAUGAAAGUAGUCAGUUACCUGGAUGUCCUUUGGUAUCCUAUAGGUAGGAUGUUUUUCUGUCCCUUACAGACACACAUGCAUAUAUUUCCCAUAUUUUAACCUUUCAUAUUCCAAAUUAUAUUUUAUUAACAAUUAUACCAGAAAACACCUUUAAUGGCAGCAUCCACAUACUGAAAUACAUAGAUUUGGAACAGGUGAUCCAAAUUCAAGAAAGUUUUGGUUUCUAAUUGGUGUCAUGAUAUCAAUAACUUUUUUUUUUUUAAGUGAGGCCAUUGGGGUUAAGUGACUUGCCCAGGAUCACACAGCUAGUAAGUGUUAAGUGUCUGAGAUCAGAUUUGAACUCAGGUACUCCUGACUCCAGGGCCGAUGCUCUAUCCACUGCGCCACCUAGCUGCCCCUCAAUAACUUUUUAAGAUAAUCAACUCAAUAUAUAGUUGUGAAGAGAAGAUACCACUUAUAUGAAUAUUUGGCUUAAUAAAUGAUUAGUUUAUUGACUAAUUUAAAAUUUUUAAAACUGAUAAGCAAAAUUGUGAUUGCAUAGUUACUUCCUCCCCAAAAUAUAAAACAGUUGCCUAAAAGCUCACUAUUUAUUUAAAACAAAAACUAAAGAAAACAAAUGUGCACUUCUUUGGAAGUCACUGCUGAUAGAAUUACAGACUAUUUUAUGGAUUUGAGAGAGAGAAUUGGAAGAAAGAUGAAUAAUUCAAAUAUUUUCCCCAUGCAUGUUAAAUUACUUUGCUUGAAACAUAUAAAUUCAGAAAAAGAAUGCCCAGAAUGGUAGUUUCAAGUCAGAAUUUAUGAUCUUCACAAGGAUAGCAACUUUUGGAAAUUUAAUAAUAAAAAUUGUCAUAGUCAUACUUAUUUAAUACAUUUUUUUCUUUGAAAAUGUUAUUUAAAAGCCACUGGUCCGAUCAAGUAUAAUAGGUGUUACUUCCUUCAAUUUAGAUCUAACCAUAUCCAAGUAAGACCAGAGAAUUUGUUCUAUUGCCAACUCUUCCACUUCGGCUUGCUAGAAGUGCUAUGACAGAAUUGGACAUAUAGAAAUCUGGAUGAGUCAUUGAGACAGCUUGACUGAAGCAUUUGACUAUGCCUUGAUUCAUUUCUCUGUAUGUAGGUCACAAUGUUACCUGAUAAUAAAGCCAUGUUUAUUUAUUUAAGUAAAAUAGAUACUUGGUAGUUAUCUGGUUAAUUUGGUCAGGAUAUUUAGACUUAUCAGUUAAGGUAAACUACUGACCACACAUUCUUUUCUCUCCACUCUUCUCUACCACCCAGAAAAGAAAAAUCCACUUUGUAGCCUGAAUUUUCCAGUUUGGUGGUUAAAUUAAUUGAACUAAAUGCAUAAUAACUUCAUCUCAUUUUGCUUUUGAGCUAUAUAGAUUCUAUAUAAAACAUUUGCAAAUCAUCUCUAAAAGCAAAAUAUCUAUUCCAGAUAAUCACUACAGCUAAAAACAUGUUCAUAAAACAAAUGUGUUUUUUUUUUGAGUCUUGGACUUUGUAAGAAGAUUGUCUUAAAAAAAAUUCCAAAGGAAAUGUCUCAGGAUUGUUUUGUGGAUUAUAGAAAAGUUUUCAUACCCCAGAACUUAGCCUUCACCUGUGAAAUUAUUUUAUGAAGUUAAUAUUUUCAUGUUAGAUCUAUAUUAGAUCACUUAAUUAUAUAACAUUACUUCAUUUGUAUUUUGAUAAUUAUGAUGCAGCUGUAUAACAAAUAACCCAUGUUAUUUAGCCUCUGUUAUCUUUGGACCUUUUCCAAUAAGCUUUAAAUAUGUAUAUAGUCAUUACAGAACAGAAUGACAUUGUAGCUGACAGUGAUACACAUUCAUUUCUGUGAUAUGCAGCAGUACAAAUUAUAUAUAUAUAAACAUAUGUACGCACACAUAUAUUUGCAUAUAUGCCUCUGUAAAAUUCUCUUUUUAAUUAAUUGAGGAUUUUUUUUCAUCCUCAAAGAUUUAGAAUGUCUGUAAUCAUGGAAUGCUAUUA